UGCAAAAUGUAUUAUAAGAGCACCGAAAAUCCCGUUAAGGAGAAUAUCGGCGGUAUAAAAGAAGGACCGCAGCAUCCAGGGCACGCACUCUGCUCUCGGCGCACCAUGGCCAAAUUGGUGCUCACAUUUGCUGCGCUCGCCGCCGUCGCCUUCCUCGCAGUUUUCGCCGAGGAGGACGUGCACGACAUUUCGACCUUCAAACUGGGCGAGGGCCCCGUCGAGGAGGCCCUGGCCGAGGGCGAAACCGAAGCUCCUGAGACUGAAGCACCCCCUGCUGCCGCCGCCGAACUCCCCAACUUGGGCAAUCUUUUCAACUGCGUCAGAAAGAAGCCCACCCUCACCUGCCCGGACAAUGACAUCCAGUACUAUUUGUACAGCGGUGAGGCGAAGAAAGUGAAGAUCGACGUGACCUCUGAGGAGUGGUUCGCGAAAAGCGGCUUCGACAGCGAAAAGCCCACCGUGUUCCUAUUCCACGGCUACCAGGGCGGCGAGAACGUGAUGCCCACCGUCAUCCUCAGAGAUGCCUACAUCAAGAACGGUUCCUACAACUUGAUCACCGCCGACUACCCGACUUUGGUAAAGGAGCGUUGCGACCGCGCCGCCCAGCAAAACGCCGAGCCCAUCGCCAAGUGCACGGCCGCCGUCUUCGACUACUUCCAGCAACGCGGCGUGGCCACCGAGGAAUUCACCUGCGUCGGUUUCAGUCUGGGCGCCCACAUUUGCGGUCUCGUCGCCAACUUUAUCCCCAAAAAGAUGAGCAGGAUUGUUGCUCUUGACCCUGCCGGUGCUCGUUUCAACCGCCGAAACACCAACAAGAGAUUGGAUGAGGCUGACGCUGAAGUCGUCCACGCCGUCCACACCGACACGAGACGCUACGGCGAGGGUGAAGUUGUUGGAAAGGCCGACGUCUGUGUCAACAAUGGAAAGCAGCCUGCUUGCAAGGAUGCGCAAAACCGUCAGUUGUGCAGCCACGCUUCGUCGGUGUGCUACUUUUCCGAGUCUCUGUUCCCCGGUCACGAACGCAAGGCGGAACCCUGUUUGAACCGCUGCCCCCAACCCCUGCGGGGCACCAAGCGUGAGGCCGAGCCCGUCAUCUUCGGCGCUUCCAUGGACGAGAGCGCCACGGGAAUGUAUUGUUUGAACACCGAAGACGCACCCUACUGCGCUGUGGCCAGGGACGCCGAAUUCGGCGACCUCAGGUGCUGCAUCAAGAUCAAGAAAUAGAAGAUUUUUUAUUAUUAUUCUGCAGAUAUUUAUUGAACACCCACCUCAGAGUACCAAUGUUGUAUAAUUGUUGUUAGUGAACUUUUUGUCAAUAAUAAAAAUAGCGUUUGUUUUGUAAAAAAAAA